GAAAAAAAGGCGAACUUGCCUUCAAUUGUCCAAGCCUAACGUCAUGGAAAGAGUUACUUUGUUGCAGCGCGCACAGGAACCCUAAGAAAUAAUACUGGCCCGUGAUGUGUGUUGAUAAUCUGUAGGGGCAAAUUGUUUGGUUGCUGAUUCUGCUUUGAGCUCAAUUUAAAGGAUCGACUAAAGAUGCGCAGGAACCUGUUUACAAGGAAAACGCAGCAAGUUUGAGUCUGAGGGAAUGCGGGGCAGGAGGCUCACAAUGCACAGGGAUAGCAUUACUCAUCCCUCUGUUUUUCUUCACGCCAGGCCACUUUGUCUUGGAAAUAUUUUCAUCAAGGAUCUUUUCUAGGCUCCGUAAUGAGAAGCAAGUGUCCGAUAAGUGAACAACGCGAGGUUGCAGUCCAGUUUCUAAGGAUUAAAACCACCGUCGCUGCUUUUGGAGGAGCCCUUUGGUGAAACCAGUUUUUUGUUUUUGAACCUGUUGAGUUUGUGAUGCGAAAUGAGGUCGAGACUCUCUCUGUUAUGAGGGAGUUAAUGUGUUACAGAGCCUUUAUAGCCUAUAGUUAUUUUUAAGAUUUUUAAAGCAUAAUAGGUAAUAAGACAGUAGAGCGAUAACCUCAAUGGGCUGAGGAUGCUAGUGGUCACAGUAGGCAUUUUUUAGUCUGUUUUUUUGGCAGAUAGAAGUAAUAGUUUUACAUAACUGUUUACACCUCCUGUGUUUCUAAAGUAUCAGAGCAUUAAAUUUGCAUAGGUCAUCUGGUGCUGUUGCACACCUGAUCCAACAGCUGCCAUGUAAUUUGAGAUGAGUUUUAAUAUUACAAUGAGCUUGUGUCAGAUGUUUCCAAUACAGCAUGCAUCAAGACAGUAGCAUCAAUAUAAUUUAGACACUAUGUGCAUGUAGAAUUUAUUGGUUUCGGACCCACUGGAGUAUCAAGAUGUCAGUGAAAGCCAAAGCCAUCUACACUUUUCAAAGUGAGAACAAAGAGGAGAUCAGCAUCCAGGAGAAUGAGGAACUGGUUAUCUUUGAUGAGAACUCAGUGGACGGCUGGUUUCAGGGGGAGAACAGCCGAGGGGAGAGGGGUCUCUUCCCUGCAUCUUAUGUGGAAAUUAUCCGCACUCGCUCCAACUCUAAUGUGACUGACUGCUCCAUCAGUCCGGCAGGCUCUUUAGGAAAGGACUCCUCCUAUUUCCCCUCAAUACCAAUCACCCCUCCCCAUUUGCAGCAGCCGUACGACGACGAUGAAGAUGAUGACUGGGAUGACUGGGAUGACAGGUCCACAGUGGUGGAUGAUUCUGACCACUCUAGGAGCCCGGGAGCCAACGGACAUGCCCAUCAGAGCCCGCUGUCCAACAAUCCCAAUGUGCACUACCGGGCCAAACCACACAUGGAGAGACAGGACAGCAUCUCCAGCUCCAGGAAAGGCAGUAUGGUGGGCAGGAACUUGAACCGAUUUUCCAGCUUUGUUCGCUCAGGGGUGGAGGCGUUUGUUUUGGGUGAUGUACCCAUGAUGGCAAAGAUAGCUGAGUCAUACACCAUCGAGAUGGGCCCCCUUGGGCCCCGGUGGAAGGAGAACCCACAGCCUUUCUCCUGCUCCAUUGAAGACCCCACAAAACAAACAAAGUUCAAGGGCAUCAAGACCUACAUUUCGUACCGGGUUACGCCGAGCCACACAGGGAGUCCCGUCUACAGACGUUACAAACACUUUGACUGGCUGUACAACCGCUUACUGCACAAGUUCACUGUGAUCUCCGUGCCUCACCUGCCUGAGAAGCAGGCUACAGGGCGAUUUGAGGAAGACUUCAUCGAGAAGCGCAAGAGACGACUGAUACUGUGGAUGAACCACAUGACCAGUCACCCAGUCCUUUCCCAGUAUGAAGGCUUUGAGCACUUCCUGAUGUGUGCUGACGACAAGCAGUGGAAACUGGGAAAGAGACGGGCGGAGAAGGACGAGAUGGUGGGUGCUCAUUUCAUGCUGACCCUGCAGAUCCCUAACGAGCACCAGGACCUUCAGGAUGUAGAGGAGCGUGUCGACUCCUUCAAGGCCUUCGCUAAAAAAAUGGACGACAGUGUGAUGCAGCUCACACAUGUUGCUUCAGAGCUGGUGCGUAAACACCUGGGUGGGUUCAGGAAGGAGUUCCAGCGGCUGGGAAAUGCCUUCCAAUCUAUCAGCCAGGCCUUUAUGCUGGACCCUCCCCACAGCUCAGAGGCCCUCAACAAUGCCAUCUCCCAUACAGGCCGCACCUAUGAGAACAUUGGAGAGAUGUUUGCAGAGCAACCUAAGUAUGACCUCUUCCAAAUGCUGGACAAGCUGUCGCUCUACCAAGGCCUGCUCGCCAACUUCCCCGACAUUAUUCAUCUACAGAAAGGUGCCUUUGCCAAGGUGAAAGAGAGCCAGCGGAUGAGUGAUGAAGGGAAGAUGGACCAGGACGAGGCCGACGGCAUUAGGAAACGCUGCCGGACGGUUGGGUUUGCCCUCCAGGCAGAGAUGAGCCACUUCCAUCAGCAGCGAGAGGUGGACUUCAAAGACAUGAUGCAGGCCUACCUCAGGGAGCAGAUAGCCUUUUACCAACGUGUUGUUCAGCAACUGGAACGCACCCUGCGCAUGUACGACUGUCUGUAAAGACACCAAACCGCUGCCCAGUUCAAGAUGCCAAAAAAAAAAAAAAACAUAAAAGAGAAGGAACAGAAGGUCGAAGUCUUGACUCUUUUAUCAAGGCGUUUUUGUGUUGGUCAUAUUUGGUCCAGUUUUAAAAGACUUGCAGAUCAGUGAAGCAGUAGUUACUGGAAGACACACAAAGCCAGUCAGUCUUUCACCUUGAUGGAUUCCAAGUCAUAUUUUUGUUUUUUAAAGACCUACUGUACAUUUUUUUCUGAAACACACAUCACAUAGGCAGUGUCACGGUGUAUUGUUUAUUUUACAUAAUUUAAGGUGUUUGUAACAUUAAAAUAAGAAUAUAGGUUUCAAAUUCAUAGUGGAUCUAUAGUUGAUUGUUCCAUAGUGUCACACAUGAAAGCCAUGAAACGGGUUUUAUUUUGAAAUUGUCCCCUUCUCUGCAACAUCAUAUCAUGCACUUUGGCUUCUCCAGGGACUGAUUCAAGUUACUUCCAAUAUGUAAAAAUAUCACAAUAAAUAAACAUUCCAGAUUUCUUUCUUUAAUCUAGCAUCAAAACAUCAUCACAUUUUGUCCAAUACAAUAUAGUGUUGGGGAAUUUCACCAUCACCUCCUCUGGUUUAUAUUAAGGGCUCUACUUGCUCAGGUGUUCACUGCUUUGUUUCACUCUCCUCAUGUUGUCUCUCAAUACCAGUCACAGCCUGUCUAAACCUUGCAACAUGUUGAUGAUUACUUGUAAUUCAUUUUCAUUUUCUUACUUUUUUCAUGAUGCAAAGUGCCUUUAAGGAUCUGAGGCAUUCUGAUGAGAUAUUUGUAAAUGGACCAUUUGUCUGUAGCGUGUCUUGUAUUUUAUAGGGUAAAUUGUUGGAAUGAGUUGUGUUUAGAGACAAGUUUGCACAUGUUUUUAUAUACUGGUGGGUCAUAGUGUGUGUGGGUUUAUGCAAAGGCGGAUGAAUGAAAUGAAUCAACAACUGUGCUGAUCAAUUCCCUUUGCCAUGGUGAAAAAUAUACAUAUCUUUUUAAUAUAGCAGCAGGUUUAUCCAGCCAUUAAAUACAAAAAUAGUCAGAUAUUUUAAGUGGAUUAACUGGUUGAAUGUGAACUUGGCAUUUCAGCAUUUGCAUUAGAUCAUUUAAUUGACAAAAAACAAAUUCUUCAUAUUACCAGUUUUGUUUUUUCAUGAAUUCUGAGUAUGAUUUGUUCAAAUGAUAUUAUUCAGUAUUUGUCUAUGACGUAACCACAAUAACAAAGAAUAUGUGCAGUCACUUUACUCUCAUGUCUGUCCAUUAAAUAUGAAGCUGCAGCUAGUAGUGUUAGCUUAGCUUAGCAUGCUUGGGGAGACAGCUAGCCUUACCCUGUCCAACUGUAACAAAAUAGCAUCUAUAAAUACCUCUGAACAUGACUAAUUAUUAUUUCUGAGUGAAAGACUUUCAGUUUGAGGUUUUACAGGGGGUUAUGUCUCUGCACCCGUUCAAGAAAUAGUCAGACACAUAACCUCUGAAAAACCACAACUUUACAUUUCUUACACUGCAGAGAAAACAAACAAGUUAUAGAUAUAAUAUGUUAAUUAGCGAGUUUAAGAGGUACUGGUAGGAGGAUUUUGUUACCCCUUGUCAAGCUAAGCUAGGCUAACCAGCUGCUAGCUGGACCCUUUAAUUCAUCCCACAGACAUGAGAGUGGUAUCAGUCUUCUCCUUUAACUCUGUAAGAAAGUGAACAUGUAUCGAUGUACCACGUUGCUCUUACUUCACUGUGAUCACAAUGUAGACGUGUCACUUUCUAUAUUUUAGUCUACUCAUUUUUCCACUCCUCUCCGUCUGAGUGAGUGUUUAUUACUAAAUAAGAGUUGUUCCAGUACCAUUACUCAUCCUGUUGAACAGGAGAAAAAUUUCAUGGCAACUUGUGGUGUAGACGAAACUAUCUUUAGCAUUGUGACGACCUUAGGGGUGUAUGUAGAGUCUGCGCUGCAGUUAUAAGCAUUACCUCAAGAAGUGUAGGAAAUGUAUUUGUGAGCUUGUUGUGCUUUUCCUCAAGCAACUUCCAGUGUUUAUUUGUCAGUUGUGAGGCACUCAGUUUUGAUGGAGGAGGGGUUGAUCUCUCAGUGGUUGUGUUUUGGGUGGUGUGGAUGAAAAGUGAAAUGAAAAUUAAUUUUGUGAAAUCUCUGCCUGGUGUUUGUGAGUUUCAGAAUUUGAAGUUCAGAGCUUGAUUAUGGUUUUUCCAUAACAAAGAAGUGCUGAUUCAGAGCACAGGUUUCUCAGUAAACAAAUGGUCUGUGAGUGUGUGUCUGUGCGUGACUCAGAUAUGAGUGUUGUCUCUGUUAUUGGUGCUGCUCAGUCCACAUGUGCGGCCUUUAACUCUUUGCUGUCUAAACGUGGUGUUGUUUAUGUUUGUUUAUUUUUGAACAGACCUCUGCUUUUCAUACAUCAGCGUUGUCUUCUUUUUUUAUCGGUCAGCAUUUGCACUCAUUACAGUUUCUCCAAGACCAAAGAAGUCAGACAUUUUCUAUACCAAACUUCCUUUGUUUUUUAAAACUCUGUUUGGUUGUAGUGAAAUUCAAUUCGUUCUCUGGUUUUGUAAUUGAAUCUGUUCUACUCUGAGGAAACUGUGAAGGGAGCAUUUGGAAAGAAUUUUAAAAAAGCAUUCCACAAAGAAAAUAUUAUGGAGACCAAAGGCAAAGACAGAUUUUGGGCAAAAGAAAGAUAAGCAAAGAGUCAAAUCCUCUCUGUAAAGUACUUGCAGCCCCGACCAGGUUUCGUAAUGACACUUUCCUCUCAUGUUCCGAAGCUGCGUGAUAAGUUAAAUGCCAGGCAUUUCACACAGGUGACUGUUUCUUAACAUGGAUGUGUGACCUGGUGAGUCGCUGUGCUUUAGUUUCUGAAAUAACAGAUGGUGAUUUUCAGUAAGUAAUUUGUCACUUGAUUUAAGGGAAGGGGACCUAAAAAAUCUUAAUAAAAGUAAUGAUGGUGA